GAUGGUCGAACGCCUCUGUUUGCCAUCACGGACACAGAAAUGAUCAAGAAUGUGCUAGUGAAGGAAUGCUUUUCUGUCUUCACAAACCACAGGGAUUUUGGCCCAGUGGGGAUUAUGGGGAAAGCUGUCUCUGUAGCUAAGGAUGAGGAGUGGAAGAGAUAUAGAGCCUUGCUGUCCCCCACAUUCACCAGUGGAAGACUCAAGGAGAUGUUCCCCAUCAUUGAACAGUAUGGAGACAUUUUGGUAAAAUACUUGAGGCAAGAGAAAGGCAAGCCUGUCCCUGUGAAAGAAGUGUUUGGUGCCUACAGCAUGGAUGUGAUCACCAGCACGUCAUUUGGAGUGAAUGUUGAUUCCCUCAACAACCCGAAGGAUCCUUUUGUGGAGAAAGCCAAGAAGCUCUUAAGAAUUGAUUUUUUGGAUCCGUUUUUCUUGUCAGUAGUACUCUUUCCAUUCCUCACGCCAGUAUAUGAGAUGUUAAAUAUCUCCAUGUUCCCAAAAGAUUCAAUAGAAUUUUUCAAAAAAUUUGUGUACAGAAUGAAGGAAACCCGCCUGGAUUCUAUGCAGAAGCAUCGAGUGGAUUUUCUUCAGCUGAUGAUGAAUGCUCAUAAUGAUUCUAAAGACAAAGAAUCUCAUACAGCCCUAUCCGAUAUGGAGAUCACAGCCCAGUCAAUUAUUUUUAUUUUUGCUGGAUAUGAACCCACCAGCAGCACACUUUCCUUUGUCCUGCAUUCCCUGGCCACUCACCCAGACACACAGAAGAAACUGCAGGAGGAGAUCGACAGGGCUCUGCCCAAUAAGGCACCUCCCACCUAUGAUACUGUGAUGGAAAUGGAGUACCUGGAUAUGGUGUUGAAUGAAACCCUUAGAUUGUAUCCAGUUGCUAAUAGACUUGAGAGAGUCUGUAAAAAAGAUACUGAAAUCAAUGGUGUGUUUAUACCCAAAGGGUCAGUAGUGAUGAUUCCAUCUUAUGCUCUUCACCAUGAUCCACAACACUGGCCAGAGCCUGAGGAAUUUCGCCCAGAAAGGUUCAGCAAGGAGAACAAGGGCAGCAUUGAUCCUUAUGUAUAUAUGCCCUUUGGGAAUGGACCCAGGAACUGCAUUGGCAUGAGGUUUGCUCUCAUGAAUAUGAAACUCGCUCUCACUAAAGUUCUGCAAAACUUCUCCUUCCAGCCUUGUAAGGAAACACAGUCAGUUAUGGGGACAGAGUGUUUCCACUUUGGGCGUGUAGAUUUUCCUCUCUGGGUCUUCGCUGUUCACCAAUACGACCUGUGUCUUGAAUUUCCUGAGCAGCUCCUCGCAGCAGAAAAGUUUAGUAUUACCACCUGGUCCAGGGGCUCAAGUAACCUCGGGGUUGAGCAAGUCUCUGAUUUUGAGUAUGAUCUGUUCAUUAGGCCGGACACCUGUAAUCCCUACGCUUCCGGAGUCUGGUUCAACCAUACUGUUGAAAAUGUGAAAGAAUUACAGGAUGUUCAUAUUUCUAAGGCUGCAUAA